CGAGCGCCCAAGUGGCUGCUGCUGGUGGUGAUGUCAAAUAACGGCCUAGACAUUCAGGACAAACCCCCAGCCCCUCCAAUGAGAAACACCAGCACUAUGAUUGGAGCUGGCAGCAAAGAUGCUGGAACUCUAAACCACGGUUCCAAACCUCUGCCUCCAAAUCCAGAGGAGAAGAAAAAGAAGGACCGAUUUUACCGCUCCAUCUUACCUGGUGAUAAAACAAAUAAGAAAAAGGAAAAGGAGUGGCCAGAGAUUUCUCUUCCUUCAGAUUUUGAACACACAAUUCACGUUGGUUUUGAUGCUGUCACAGGGGAGUUUACGGGGAUGCCAGAGCAAUGGGCCCGCUUGCUUCAGCCAUCAAACAUCACUAAGUCAGAGCAGAAGAAAAACCCACAGGCUGUUCUGGAUGUGCUGGAAUUUUACAACUCUAAGAAGACCUCCAACAGCCAGAAGUACAUGAGCUUCACAGAUAAGUCAGCUGAAGAUUAUAACUCUUCUAAUACUUUGAAUGUAAAGACUGUGUCUGAGACCCCUGCGGUGCCACCGGUUUCAGAGGAUGAAGAUGAUGAUGAUGAUGCUACCCCACCUCCAGUAAUUGCUCCACGGCCAGAGCACACAAAAUCGGUCUACACACGGUCUGUGAUUGAGCCGCUUCCUGUCACUCCAACUCGAGACGUGGCCACCUCUCCCGUCUCACCGACUGAGAACAGCACCGCUCCGCCAGAUGCUUUGACCCGCAGUACUGAGAAGCAGAAGAAGCCGAAGAUGUCGGAUGAGAUCUUGGAGAAACUGCGGAGCAUAGUGAGUGUGGGCGAUCCUAAGAAGAAAUAUACACGGUUUGACAAGAUUGGACAAGGCGCUUCCGGUGCUGUGUAUACCGCAGUGGACGUAGCCACAGGACAGGAGGUAGCCAUUAAACAGAUGAAUCUUCAGCAACAGCCCAAGAAAGAGCUGAUUAUUAAUGAGAUCCUGGUCAUGAGGGAACACAAGAAUCCAAAUAUUGUGAACUACUUGGACAGUUACCUUGUGGGGGAUGAGCUGUGGGUUGUCAUGGAGUACUUGGCUGGAGGCUCCCUGACAGAUGUGGUGACAGAAACCUGUAUGGACGAAGGCCAGAUUGCAGCUGUGUGCCCUGAGUGUCUACAGGCUCUGGAGUUCCUGCAUUCAAACCAAGUCAUUCACAGAGACAUCAAGAGUGACAAUAUUCUUUUGGGAAUGGAUGGCUCUGUCAGGUUAACUGAUUUUGGAUUCUGUGUGCAGAUAACCCCAGAGCAGAGCAAAGGGAGCACCAUGGUAGGAACGCGGUAUUGGAUGGCACCUGAGGUUGUGACACGGAAAGCCUAUGGACCCAAGGUUGACAUCUGGUCCGUGGGCAUCAUGGCUAUUGAAAUGAGAGGGGAGCCCCCUUACCUCAGUGAGAACCCUCUGAGAGCCUUGUACCUCAUUGCCACCAAUGGGACCCCAGAGCUUCAGAACCCAGAGAAACUGUCUGCUAUCUUUCGGGACUUUUUGAACCGCUGUCUUGAGAUGGAUGUGGAGAAGAGAGGUUCCGCUAAAGAACUACUACAGCAUCAGUUCCUGAAGAUUGCUAAGCCCCUGUCUAGCCUCACUCCACUGAUUGCUGCAGCCAAGGAGGCAACCAAGAACAGUCACUGAAACCACGCUCAUGCCAGCCUCAUUGUGGCAAGCUUUCUGUGAAGUGAAUGCUCAUCUCAGAAACUCCAAC